GCAGUAUUGGCUCGACCGCGGCCGGCUCAGGCUGUACACAGCUUCAUAAGUUUUUCAGUUCUCAGUUUAGUUCAGUGAUCGCGCAACCGUCUUCCAAAGAGCACGCGUUUCGAGUUUUCAUAACAUAAUCUGCAAUCGCAUUCUCGCCGACCAGUCGUCUGUUUUGAUUAAUUGUGCGACAAACAACACUUGGACCCACAAAUAGCAAAAACUACAACCCGUCACAGCCAUGUCGACCGCGGUGGAAAACAUCCCGGCAGUGGAGACGCUCGUGAACGGCCACUCCGGCGCCUACCACGGCGGCGCCACCAACGGCGCGGCGCUCGCCAACGGCGCUCUCACCUGGGAGCAGCAGUUCCUGCCGCCGGCACUGCACCUGGACGACCGCGCGAGGGCUAGCCAGAUCGAGAGCCGUCUGGCGCCGCUGGUGCUGUGCGGCGCGGCGCUGCGGCGCGUGGGCGACGUGUUCCAGCGCGAACUGGAGGCCGGCCUGCGCGAGCGCCCGUCCAGCCUGCAGAUGGAGAACACGUACGUGCCGGAGCUGCCCGACGGCACCGAGGAAGGAGUGUUCUUAGCGCUGGACCUGGGCGGCACCAACUUCCGCGUGCUACUUCUGGAGCUGCGCGCCGGCCGCCUGGUGCGAGAGGACGUUAAGCAUUACCACAUAAGUGAUGCGUUGCGGCUGGGCCCCGGCGAGGAGCUGUUCAACUUCCUGGCGGACUGCGUGCAGGACUUCGUGCGGGCGGAGGGCAUGGAGGACGAGGAGAUGUCACUGGGUUUCACAUUCUCGUUCCCGAUGAAGCAGCACUCGAUCUCAUCGGGCGAGCUGAUCACGUGGACCAAGAGCUUCAAGUGCAGCGGCAUGCAGGGCGUGGACGUCGCCGCGCUGUUGCAGCGCUGCCUGCGCGAGCGCAACCUGCGGGUCACGGUGCAGGUGCUGCUCAACGACACUACGGGCACGCUGGUCGCCGGCGCGCACACCGACCCCGAAGUCGCGAUUGGCGUGAUCCUGGGCACGGGCUCCAACGGCUGCUACAUGGAGCGCGCGGAGCGCGUGCAGCACUGGGAGGCCAAGCACGAGCGGGUGCGGGACGUGGUGGUGGACAUCGAGUGGGGCGCGUUCGGCGACAAUGGCUGCCUGGACUUCCUCCGGUCCUCGUUCGACAAGGAAGUGGAUGAAAAUUCCUUAUUGCCUACGUCGUUCACCUUCGAGAAGUACAUCGGCGGCAAGUACCUGGGCGACCUGCUUUGCGCCGUGCUGCGCGGCCUGGCGCGCGAUGGGCUGUUCCCCGCGCCGCCCGCCUGGGGCGCCGUGGACUCCGCGCACGUGAGCCUGUUCGAGGAAGAGAAUCUGGUGGGCGCUUGGUCGCAGACGUCGGAAGCCUUACGAGCUGCGUGCGGCGCGCCUGUCACGCGACACGACGCGUUAGUCGCGCAGCACGUCGCGAGGAUCGUGUCCAACCGCGCCGCGCAACUCGUCUCUGUCUGCAUCGCCAGCAUCCUGCGUCGCAUGAACCGGGCGCGCGCCGCGGUGGCGGUGGACGGCUCCGUGUUCAAGAAGCACCCGCGCAUCAGCUCCCUCAUGGACAAGUACAUCGCUCUGCUGGCGCCGCACCACCAGUUCACACUGCAGGGAGCUGAGGACGGCAGUGGAAAAGGCAGCGCUCUGACGGCCGCCAUUGCUGCACGAGUCGCAGCCCGCUCUCCUUAAGCAACGUCGCACUACUGCAUGAAUCACCUCAGCAUGUCAUGUCAUGAGUCAUCAGACUCAACAGAUCACGGAUCAUUGCAAUCUAUCAACACCGGGAGGCACGCCCAACGUGGCCGCCGUGAGAAUACCGCCAUCGAAUGGGGAAGAACCUUUUAAUUUCUCAUUUCUUUUUUUACUUCUUAAAUCAAUUUGUCACAUGGUAAGAAGCCAAGACAUUAUUGAUAUCCGUAAUUUUUUGAAGAUUUUUUAGGCGCUAGUGAGCUUUUAAGAGAACUGCAUUUUUCCAACACAAUAUGUCAAGAGCAAGAUGUUGCGGUUCGAUUUGAAUACAAAAACAGCUGCCUUCUUUUUGACUUACUUACUACAAAGGCUUGAUAAUGAUCAAGCACGUACGAAAAUAUUUGUUAGCAAAAUAGUUUGCGGUUCGCAUUCCAAGUUUACAUAAUAGAUGUAUUUAUUGUUUGCAUAUUGUUAUGAUAUAGAGCAUUUGUAUUGUCAAUGUUAUUUUGUGAGGAGUCGUUAGCCGGGAGGCUGGGGACUGUUUCAAACAAAGUUAAAACUAAGUACUCGAUACCUUUAUUUUGGUUUCAGAUAAAAACGAAUAUUUUAUAAGUUGAGUUUUUGUUUCCGAAACAUAAAUGACUGCAUCGUAAGCAUUUAAGUGUCAAGCGAAGCAUUGGACGAAAUGUGUAUGCAAAGAAAUUAAUUAUUAGUAGUGAUAUCAUGUAGAUGGCCGCACUUGCAAUUCCGUAUUAUUUCAUGAAAUUGUCCGACGGCUUUGUUAGUGUUGUCAUCUCAGGAUAAUUCAAUAUUUAGUUUAUUAACAAUCUCUUCAUUCAUAGCAGCAUAUUUUUGAAGCAAGUGUCUCGCCUCCCCCGGAGCUAACUUUACGUAUUUCAUUGCGAUAAUCAUCAUCACAGUUGUUGUGACGCAGUUCAUAUCAUAUUGUGUCAAAGCGGAUGGAAUUCGUCUGAUUAUUAUUUUAAGGCUGUUUGUGUAUAUGACUGAAAGCGUGUAUUAAUUAUGAUUAGAUUUUAGAGUAUGUAUUUGAUUGAUAGGGGAUUGAUAAUAAGGUAAUCCACUUCUUAAACUCUGAACCUAUGUAACUGAUUAUUUAGCCUUCCACGACAACGACAAGUACGUACGUACAGAGACGAAGAGUAUUUGUAACGUUAUAUUAGAAAGGUGAAAUAAAACAAAAAAUAAAUAGACGGGGACGGCAUAUUAGUAUGGAAAAUUCAAUGCAAGCUAUGGAACGUGAAGCUUCACGUUGCAGACAUUCCAUAGCUUGCAUUAUAGAUAAACUCUAGCUGGCGUAAGCUUGUAACGAAAACUUCGGGUUUAACAGCCCUUUGGUUUUCCAUAUUAGGAACAUAUUUCUCUAAGCAUGUAACUCUUUACAUAUUCAUUCUACAUCCGUCUAUUUUAGUUCUAUUUCAUACAAUCAAUGCAAAUUUUAGAAUUAAAGGCUUUGUAAACUUUAUAGCAAGUUAAGGACGUAUGAUAUCUUUAACUUCACGUUUCACAAAAAUAAUUGUCCUGUUCUAGAAAAUGAAAUACGUAACUUAUUCCUCUCACGUACGACGCAGAGCGCACGUGACAAACAGACAUUUGUUCGGCUUGUCCAAGGCUUUCGGUACAUAGUUCGGGGUUCCUGUAUAUAUAUUUAUGUUAGUUAGUUCGUAGUGUAGGUUAAAUAUUAUUUGUGCCAUACUCAUUAGCUGUAGUUAGUUGUGAUUUGUCUUGCCGACUCGAUAUACAAUUAUAAACACUGAUGAAAGUGCCGUUCGUGCAAUACCUACUUACGACCGAUAUUUCACGUCUGCGACAGAAUAAUUUGAUAUUAUAUACCAUGGGGUACAUGUCGAUUUGGGACCCAAGGACCGGGAAAAGUUACCCUUUAAGCGGAAGAACGACCAGUCAAAGUAGAAAAAAAAAAGUAUUUUUUUAUGACUAUUGUAAAAAUAAACUUUAAAACGUAGACCUUAUGUAUAGGUAUCAUUCAUCAUACAACACAGUUGUACACCUCACUGCAAAAUAUACGUUCGGAAUCUUGUCCGUGAACUGAAUCGCGAAUCAUUUAUGUUUUGCCGCAGUUUAUCUUUCGGUCUGGAGUUUUAUUUGAUACAUUAUUGUUUUACAGUGCGAUUAGAUAUAUCUGUGAUAUCUUUGCACGUCUACUUAGGAUGUACAUAUCUACUCGCAAUUAUCACAAACUGAUAUGAUUGGUUGUAGUAUAAUUGACGUUGACGAAAUUUGAAAAUGUCCGUGUCAUUUCCGAGCCGUCGUCAUUCCGGUGUGGCUUAGGCCCAAUGACAUGUUUCAAUAUAUGUUACGCUCAUAUAACAAGGAGGACCACAUCCACAUCAUCAUCUCAACAGAAGCAUGUCCACCGCCGGACACAGGUAUAUCGUAGGGGUUCCUACGCGCUACGCUUUUGUGUCGUACAGCGCCUUUCUAUUUUAUUGGGUCUCCACCUAGCAUCACCACUCAAAAAACACAAACUCAGA